GGGGUCCGCGGGAAGCGCCCACCGCGGCGGAGUGUGGUGGCCUGGAGGAGCAAGGCCGAGUGGGACCAGGUGAUGGUGGGGCUGUACUGCGGGGACUGCCGGCUGCAGCGGGACGCGCUGGACCGGGUGUCGGGCUGGCGGAGCAGGUAUGGGCACAGAAUGCCUUUAGCUGUGGAUUGCACUGCAGAUCUGAUUCGCUGUAAAAUCUUGGAUACAUCUGGCAACAUGAGAUCUCAUGAACUGGUCCUUUCAUAUGGUCUGGCUCUUGUGAGGUUCGUGAAUCUAAUCACAGAGCGGAAACAGAAAAUUGUCAACAUUCCCCUGAGACGACUAGCUAAAGAGAUGAACAUCCCAAUUUGGAUUGUGAACCUUCGCCAUGAUCUGACCCAUGGGAAACUGCCUCAGCUAGUUGCCUGUCAAAAAGGUUGUGAUGUGGUGCUGGAGUGGCUACGGCGGACAUACUGGAGCCGUCAACUGGGUAAUAGUCUGGCUAGAGAACGUGAAGAAGAACAAAAUGAGGAGGUGGAGACUGCAGCAACCGAGACAGAGGUGGACAGUGACUCAGAGGAGGCUCAGAGCCCACAACCACCGGGCUAUCAGAAACACAAGGAGCUUCAUGAGAAAGUCAGAGAGCUGCUGGUGUCCUACAAAAAUCAGCAGUUUGGGGUUCUUCAGGAGCUUCAGUCCUUACGAAAGGCCCGCAAAGCAUGGAGUAAUUCUUCCUCAGAAGUGGAGUGGAUUUUGGCUCAGAUUAAAGACUUGUUGCAAGAGAGCAGGGAGGUGGUGGCUGAAGCUCUGCUAGAUGAUGGCUCUCUCAUUCCAACUGUGGAACAGCUGGAGACUUUAAAUAUCAAGUGUGAAGAAAACAAACAGUUGCUGGAUUUCAAAAUCCCUCAGACAUUUUACUACUUCUGGCAGCCUCUGCUAAAGGGCCUCCAGUCCCGAGACUUUACACAGACCCUGCUAGAGAAAAUGUUUGCUGACCUGAAGCAGUGUUCUGAAUCUUCAGAACUCAGGCCUCAGUACCUGAUCAACUGGGCUGCUGAGAUUCUGACGGCCAACGCCAAAGCUAAAGCCAGGAGGAAAGUGAGACGCCCUUCACGGAGUCAGAUAAACAAAAGGAAGCUGUUUCUCCGUAGAGUUUCCUUGCAGUGGAUAAAGCUCAUUGAUGAAUGUUUGGCAGCUCCUUGCUGGGCGACCCCACACCUCCUGCAGCGGAUCCUGUCAGACAUGGAGCCUCCCUUGCCUUCAGAUGCUCAGGAGAACCUUCUCUAUCUCUCCUCCAUCUACACCCAAGAAGGAGGCUCGCUCUCCAGUCCAGGCUCUUCGUCAGACAGCAGUGGGCAGCCAAUUUACACCACUGAGAGCUUACAGUGGAAGGCCAGACAGGACAGUCAGGCCAAAGGCCAUAGGGUGGAAAGGCGAGAAACUGUACUGGGUGGUGUUGGUGAGGAAGAAGACAAUGGGGAGGAGGAAGCUGAGGAGGAAGAGAUGGAAGCUGAGCCAACGCCUUUGGAGGAACUUCAUGUUGAUAACAUGAUGGUUAUUGCUGAGAAAAGGGCAGCACUGCAUGGGUCCAUCUGGCAGAUCAGUGCAGAUGGAGUGCAGUGGAAAGACUUUCCUCUUGGGAAACUUCCAGGCCAGACAGAUGACCCUGAUAGCCUAUUGGUGGAUAGUUAUUCUAUGAUGUCCAUGCUCGAUCAGCCAGUAACAAGAGACGACGGAAGGAACUCCCCCAGUACAAACAAUCCUGAAUUGAACGGAGCUGUGAUGGAAGGAUUAUUGUGGACCCAGAAUGACCUCCAUAGAAUAAAAAGUGGCCUUCAGCUCUUCUAAGCAGCCAGUUUUAGACAAGAUAAGUGGCACAAAGAGAUAUCAUGGUGAUAUUAAAAUAGUCCAUCAUGCAAAAAAUUCCUGGGGGAAAUAUAAGCGUAUAUGACUAUUUUAUAACUUGAUUUGUGCUUGAGGUCAUUCGUCUAGUAACUCUAGUCUAUUUAACAACAAAAGUUAAUUUCUACCUCUUUUUAACUGAGCUAUGUGAAAUAUAGUUUUAGGGUUAACAUACAUUGGAAUCCUUCACUGUUUCUUAAACUUUUUGUAUUUAAUAAAAUAUUCCCCAGUUAAAAGUGAACCCUC